CAGGAGGGGAGCUUCGAGAAGUACGGCGUCGGCGGGUUGGACGCGGAGUUCAUGACGAUCUUCCGCAGGGUCUUCGCGUCGCGGAUGGUCGCCCCGGACGUCGUGAGGCGACUCGGGAUGCGUCACGUCAAGGGGAUGCUGCUCUACGGCCCGCCCGGGACCGGGAAGACGCUCGUCGCGAAGCAGCUCGGGAAGCUCCUUAACGCGCACCCGCCGAAGAUCGUCAACGGGCCGGAGAUUUUGCAGCGGUUCGUCGGACAGUCCGAGGAGAACAUGCGCGACCUGUUCGCGCCCGCGGAGAAGGAGUUCAAAGGGAAGGGCGACAAGAGCAAGCUGCACGUCAUCAUCUUCGACGAAAUCGACGCCAUCAUGAAGGCGAGAGGCAGCGGCGGCGCCGCCGCCUCCGUGGUCCACGACAACGUCGUCAAUCAGCUGCUCACGAAGCUCGACGGGAUGCAGUCGCUCGAUAACGUCCUCGUCGUCGGGAUCACGAAUCGCCGCGACCUCCUCGACCCCGCGGUGCUGCGACCGGGGCGCUUGGAGCUCCAAGUCGAGGUGGGCUUGCCAGACGAGCGCGGUCGAAGGCAGAUUUUUAACAUUCACACCGCGGCGAUGCGCGCGGGCGGGAUGCUCGCGGCGGACGUGGACGUGGACGCGCUCGCGGCGACGACGGGGAACUACAGCGGCGCGGAGAUCAAGGGCCUCGUCGGCGCGGCGCAGUCGCACGCGCUGGCGCGGUACCUCGCCGCCUCCGGAAACGAAAACGAAAACAAAAACGAAAACGAAAACGAAAACGAAAACGAAAACGCCGCCGCCGCCGCCGCCGCCGCGAACGUCGUCGUCACCGCGGACGAUUUCGAGCGCGCGGCGCGAGAGGUCCGACCCGCGAUGGGCGCGGACGAGGCCGCGCUGAGCGCGCUGCGACCGCUCGGGAUGCACUGCAGCUGCGACACCGGGUCCGCGGUCGUCUCCCGACACAAGCGCGCGCGAGACGCCAUCGCGCCCCUCUUGCGCGCCGUCUCGAGGAGCGUCGUCGCCGUCUCCGACGCGAGCGCGAGCGCGCCGAAACCUAACGGCCCGGACCACAUCACGGUGCUACUGCACGGCCCGCCCGGGUCGGGAAAGACCGCCGCGGCCGCGGAGGCGUCCGGGUUCGAGGCGUCGGGGUUUCCUCACGUCAAGGUGUUCCGCGCCGAGCUCGCCGUCGCGAACGGGCCGGACGCGGCGCUGCACGCGCUUCGCGUCGCGUUCGACGACGCCGCGAAAGCGCCGCUGUCGCUGCUCGUGAUCGACAGCCUGGAGAUCCUACUCGGGAUCGCGGUCGGAGAGGGCGGGGACGCUCGACUCCUCCAGACCCUCCACGCGCUGCUUCGUCGGCCGCCGCCGCCGGGCAGGAAGCUCGCGGUGCUCGCGACGACGAGCUCCAUCGACGCGAUGCGACGCGUCGGCGUCUCCGGCGCGUUUCACGCCGCCGUGGAGGUGCCCCCGCUCUCGCGCGACGAAGCCGCGCGCGUGCUCGCGACGGAGGGCGCGUUCGGCGCCGGCGAUCACGACGCCGCGGUCGUCGCC